CCUGAGCGUGAGACAGGGAAAGAGACCUUGAACGCGCGGCUGUGAUGGCCCAGCUGAGCGACCUGCCGCCCGAGAUACUCCGCCUGAUUGCUCAGCUCCUCUACCUCGACCAUCUCCCACGCUCCAUCUUUCGGUGCAUUGACCCGCACGGCCUGCCGUCCACGUAUGGAGACGGGCGUCUGAUCUCGUCGACGCAGGCGGCUACCCAGUGGAACCUCUACUCUUUCUGCCUCGUCAACCAUGCAUUCUACCAUGCCGCUCGUCCCCUGCUCUGGAGGAGGCUCCAGAUCACCCUGCCCUACUCCUUCCUGCUGCUGCUGAGGAGCUUGGGCGCGUCUCGGCUCGCGCAAGCCUACGAGGAUCAGAGGCACGAUGACGACGACGACGACGAUGGCGACGAUGGCGGCACCCGAGACGAGAAGGAGGGAGAGUCAGAGGAGGGAGAAGGGCUGGAGGAAAGCGCACAAGGUCAGAUCACCAAGAUCAAACAGAAGAAGAUUUGGGACCUGGAUGACGCCGCAGGCUUCAAUGCCAUGCUCGCCGCCGUCGGCCUUGCGCGAGCGACGGGGGGAAGCGUCUAUGUCUCCCAGGGACAUGAGCACCAGCGAAGAAGCUCCUUGAAGGAUCAAGACACCAUCGGGAACGAGGACGACGAGGACGACCUCGAGCUCGUCUGGACCGAGGAUGAGAGAAAGGGCGUGAGCAGAGGACGCUAUCGGGUCACGUUCAAGCACGAUCAUCCAGACGUCGGGAGCAACAUCCAUCGCUACCCUCGGGUCCUCGACUUUUCCACAUUCCGCACCCAAGGCAUGAGGAGGACGAUCGGAGAGGGGGAGAGCGCCCGCUUUGUGACCCCCUCCAAGCUCCUCGCCCUCAUCACAUCGGUCAGCGAAGGCCUGAUGGCAUUUGGUGCCAGCUCCACCAUGGACAGCGCCCUCAGCUUCGAGGUCAUGGAGGCACUUCUUUUUCGUGAUGGCGAAGUGGUUCGCAAAAGCGGCAGGCUUCGUGGCGUGUCGGUCGAGCGACGCAAGGAUCGUUCCGGCAGUCGGAAGCGCAGGCUCCAGUCACUGGACCUCUGCAGCUGCACAAGCCCUUACUUUGAAGCUGCUUUGCAGAAAUUUGUCAAGACGCAUCUCAUGAAGUUCAGUGGAAGGGCCACACAGACAGUCUUUGAGGAGAUUAGCAGCAGCGAUGCCCCGACGAGCUCCAGCUCUGAGGAUGAAGAGAGAGACGUGGAAGAAGAGCGAGGACGACGCCGGUCGAGAUCACGAGGGCGGUCAACGACGAGGAGCUUUUCUCAGCGGCCCUUGCAGACGUCCCGAUCCAUCUCGACGGGCCGCUACGGGGAUGGCGACGAUGAUGAGGCUCCUUCGACGCAUCCUGCUCGAGCGACUUUCUUUCCCUCUGUCCAUAGGCUGGGCAUGGCCAACAUCCAUUUCAGCCCCGAGGUCAUUUCUCCCUUUGUGCUAGCUUUCCCCAAGCUCACCCAUCUCGAUCUGUCGGGUACCAAGGCGGACGCAAACUUGCUCGCGGCCUUGGGAGCCAGCCCGACAAUCGACUUGCAAAGCCUCUCGCUCGCCCGUUGCAGUCGACUCACGUCGGAAAGCAUCACGGAGCUCCUCGUUGACUCGCCUGUAUGCGCCAACCUGACCGAGGUCUCGCUCGAAGGAAGUCUUAUUUUCCCAACUCCAUUGACGGCAGACGAUCUUCGAACAAUCAUCACAACGUCGCCCCUCAUGCGAUCGGGUCGGCUUCGCUACUUGGAUCUCGGAGGAUGCGGGCUCAACGACGAGAUGCUUGAUGCCUUCCUGCCUCAACCGUGUCUCUUGGAUCUUGGCCUUUCCUCGACGCCCGAUGUAUCACUCGAAAGACUAGCGCAAUUCCUUCAGAUCAAAGCGCCCAACGUCCAGGUCCUUGAGCUGAGCGAGAGCUGUACACCUCCUGGCACAAGCCUCAACAUCGUCCGUCUCAACACGAUUCUUCUCGAACCAUGCGCAAGAACGCCUCCAAUGAGCCUCAGCGAGCAGCUGGUUGCUAUGGGAUUCGCUCGAGAAGAGGAGCCCAACAAGACAGCGGCAGCUGCGCCGCCACCUGCGCCAAGGCGAGCGCCUACGAAUCUACGUGUCGUCGGAUUAGCACCGUGGACGCUCAAGUCGGUGGGCGGCGCACUCGGCACCUGGCGCGUCAUCCUGGGUGCCGGACGCAGGGGCUGGCUCGUCGAUGUCUCGGCAGGGCCAAACCCCGAGGCAGUCGACGAGGCUCUUGAGAGUCCCUCUACCUCGCUCGAUGCGCCCAUUGCAUUGGGAGUAGGUGGAGAAGGCAUGCUUCGAACAGGGUCAUGGUCCUUUUCUUCUGGCCGACCUCGCAACAGUGGAAGCUUCGACGAGGAAGAGGAGAACGCCAGGGGCAGAAGGAGGAGGGGUGGCGGAGCAGGCACGAUGGGCAGCUGGGAGCCAGAGACGCCGCCCUUGCGAUCGGCGAGCCACUCAAAGAGCCCUGGCCCACCUCCUUCUUCGGCCAGGCUCGCCGCUGCCGCGAUGGCAGGAUCGAGAGGCAUGGGUCUAAGGAGUGUCUCGUUGAGGCGAGCAGCAAGCAACAGUCAGAGCCGGAGUCGGUCUUCUGCCCUUGGCCAGCCCCUAUCGACUGUCAACGACAGCGAGGGUGAUACUGCCGCUGAGACUGCGUCUGCGGGCGGUCCAAGGCUCGAAAUAAUCAGGGAUCUGCCCUCGAGCCAUCCGAGAACCGUCUUUCUCAAGCAGCUCGCAGAUGCCAACGGCCACGUCCCUGGCUCCACGGGCUGGCACUCGAGAAAGAUGGAAGUCCUCCUGGGCUACGGUCUGCUGGGCAGAGAAUCGGGCAGCUACGCUUUUGUGGCCUAUCAGGCCUGAUUGGGAUUACCCUUUUGCUUCUUUGAAAAAUGUACAGAUACAAUGCCUCAUGACACAUCAUGACAUGCAUACUGGCGGUGGUGGACUACUUGUUGACCUGCAGCUCAAUCACAUCGUUGUCCUCGAG